AUGGCGUUGCCCUUAAGGAUGGCCAAUUUCUGCCGCUUGGCUGGCCGUACAGCGGGCAGUUUGCUACUCACUCACAGCCGUGCGUCUACUUUAUUAGCCCGGAGGUGCUAUAUUGUGGCCAGCGCGGGGAAUAAGCUGCAGUUUAAGCUUGAUGAAAGGACUGCCCAUAGCAGCCUGGACCUCUUUAAGAAGGACACAGGGGUGAUCUACCGCAUGCUGGGUUUGGACCCCUCUCACGUCCAGGACUCCCCUCUCCGUUUCUGCGACUGGGCCGUCGUCCUGGGAGACGCAGAGAUCACCGGUGGACGUCACUACUGGGAGGUCACCGUUAAGAAGUCUCAGGAAUUUCGCGUGGGGGUUGCGGAGGCGUCUACGUCACGCGAUGAAUGCAUAGGCACUAACUCUUCCUCCUGGGUGUUCGCUUUUGUCCAGAGGAAGUGGUUUGCCAUGACAAACAAAAAACAGGUGCCUGUGACUUUGGUUGGUAAGCCGGAGAGAAUCGGGCUGCUCUUGGACUAUGAGGCUGGGCAACUGGGACUGGUGGAUACCCAGAAGUCUGCGGUUAUCCACACAAUACGGGCACAGUUUCGUGGGCCGAUCUGUCCCGCCUUUGCUCUCUGGGACGGAGAGCUACUCACGCACUCUGGGUUAGAGGUCCCACCUGGUUUGCAGUAGUUCGCCAAGCUACAAACACUACACGCACGGCUGCUACAUCCGGCCAACCCCGGGGGCGGUUCUGAUGGAUCGCAGUGCUGAAAAGGCAUCAAUGGGCCAGAACGACUCGGAACUCCUCUCCAAGUACAGGUUCUGGUACAGCUCCAGUCUCACUCUCUGCCGAAGACUUGGGAGCAGAACUGACAAUAUCAUGCUAUCCAGCUUCCAUUGUGAAUGUGUUCAGUCUUAUGUUCAGCAUCUGAGAUACGAACCUCUGAAGCUGAUUAUGUGUGCAUUCAAGGGAGAGUUUAACAGGGUACAUAAACGACUAAUCUCUCAUGUCAAAUCAUCAUGCAUGCUUUUCAAAUCUGAGAAUGAAAGAAUCUUUACAAUAAAAGAUGGA